AUGACGAUAUCCCAAAUCAUUGCAGAGGCAAUGUUCAAACCCUCCAACUCCUCCCCUCCCAAAAAACCUGCCCCCCAAUCCCGCCAACAACAGCUCCAACAGCAACAAUACCCUCGGUCAAGUAAAAUCUGCUGCCUCAGCCUCCACGAUACCAACAAGAUCCGCCUCAUCAACGCACCCCUAUCCCUCAUCAGCCCACUUCGCCUGGCCAUCUUUGAGACCUGGAACCAACCCAUCCAACAGGAAACCAGCCUACCCCAAUGCGGCGGACACGAGUUCAAGCUCAAGGGGAAACCAUGGGGCCCCCCUGGGAAAAAUGGACCACUCUUGGACUCUACAAACUUGAUCCUUGCCAUGUUAAUGAUCGAUGACAGGGGAAAGGAGGCGAAAGGAAAGUGGGACAAAGAUGUAGAAGGGGAUGUUGAGUUAUUUACGGUAGAGUUACUCGGGUAUGAUAUGAUCCGGGUGACCGGGGCACCUGUUACUGUUCUCACAGCUGUUCGCCUUGCUAUCCUCAGACACUGGACACAAGGAAUUGAGAAGGAGGAUGCAAAGAAAGGCGCGUACGAGUUCAAGAUGGAAGGAUUCCCAUUUCGGACAUGGGGGUCUGAGACUAGCAUUGAGAGGUUGAUGAUGUUGAUCCAGGCACUAGAGAAUAUGCGGCUGCAUGGGUUCGAGCUAUGUAGUUUGAUGGAUUUGGAUGUUGUCGGCAAGGGAAAGCAGGAGAAGCCUGAGAAGCAGCAGAAGAAGGGGAGGAAUGACGGGAGAGAUAAGCAGAUACUUGAUUCCUGGGUUCUCCGACGUGGUAACAGUGGUCGGCGGAAAGAUGAGCUUAGGCAGAGCAGACUGGGGGGCGAUAGUCGUGGAGAGGACGAGCGGGAUGGAUGGGUUGUCCGGCUGUAG